GGUCUGGACUCUGGACGUUGGACUACGUCAACAGGAGAGAGGAGACCGUCCCAGCCCUCAGAGGAGCUGAGCACAGAAACAUCCUCCACAUGUCCACACAAGGAAACGAGUCUGUGCGUCUUUGUUUUCCUGCAGCUGGACAUGUUUGAUCCGUGCGUAAAGACGCACUGAAGACGGACUUUCAAAAAAGAAUCUUUUCCUUUGACUGUCUGGAGCAUCGGCACAAAGAUGUUGGCGAGGAAAAGCAUCAUCCCGGAGGAGUUCGGUCUGCCGGGGCUCGCCUCUCGGAUGCCCCGCAAGCCGGUGUUCAGAGACCGCGUGAACAAAGCGCGCUUCAUCGCCAAAAACGGCUCGUGCAACUUGGCGCACAAGAACAUCCGCGAGCAGGGCCGAUUCCUGCAGGACGUCUUCACCACGCUGGUGGACCUGAAAUGGCGCUUCACGCUGGUCAUCUUCACCACCACGUUCGUCAGCAGUUGGCUGCUGUUCGCCAUGAGCUGGUGGCUGGUGGCGUUUGCGCACGGGGACCUGGACCUGAUGCGGCAGAACCGGACCCACUGCGUCACCGACGUCAAGUCGUUCACUUCAGCCUUCCUGUUCUCCAUCGAGGUUCAGGUGACCAUCGGCUUCGGAGGACGUAUGAUAACAGAGCAGUGUCCGACCGCCAUCACCGUCCUCAUCAUGCAGAACAUCAUAGGACUCAUCAUCAAUGCUGUCAUGCUGGGUUGUAUCUUCAUGAAGACGGCUCAGUCAAACCGUCGAGCGGAGACUCUGAUCUUCAGCCGUCACGCCGUGAUCGCCGUCAGAAACAACCGGCUGUGUUUCAUGAUUCGUAUCGGAGACCUGAGGAAGAGCAUGAUUAUUGGAGCCACCGUCAGGUUACAGGUGGUGAGAAAGACGACCACACCAGAGGGCGAGGUGAUCCCCAUCCAUCAGAUCGACGUCCAGACGGAGAGCGCCGUGGCCAGCAACAGCCUGUUCCUCCUCGCCCCGCUCAUCAUCUGUCACGUCAUCGACAAAAGCAGCCCGCUGUACGACCUGUCGGCCAUGGAGCUGCAGUGCAGCGACCUGGAGGUGAUCGUCAUCCUGGAGGGCGUCGUGGAGACGACAGGGAUCACCACGCAGGCCCGGACCUCCUACGUCUCCGAGGAGAUCCAGUGGGGUCACCGCUUCAUCCCCAUAGUGACGGAGGAGGAGGGCGUGUACUCUGUGGACUACUCCAAGUUCGGUAACACAGUCAAGGUGGCGACGCCGCGCUGCAGCGCCAGAGAACUGGACGAGAAGCCGUCUAUCUUAAUCCAGACUCUCCAGAAGAGCGAGCUGUCGCACCAGAACUCGCUGAGGAAGCGUAACUCCAUGCGACGCAACAACUCCAUGCGUAAAGGUGCCGGGAGCAGCGGAGGUCUGCGCAGGAACAACUCCGGGCUCGCCACGCCUAAAGUCCAGUUCUUCACCCCCGGCGAGGGAGGCCAGAGCCUGAACGCCGUCACCUGACAUGAGGCCUGCCUCCUGCUGGCUGCCCUGCUCCUCCUGGUGGGACGGAGGAUUGUGGGUGUUGGCGUUUCUCCUGCUCUGAUGGGACUCAUUCUCUGUCUGUUUCCUGCCUUAUCUAGACUCCCAGCACUGUAACUGCUAACAUUGCCCCAUGUUAACGUGCGUGGAGUAAUCUUAAUCCUGUUAACGGUCCAUUUCUCUGCACUGAGAGCCUCCACAAACCAAUCAGUCUCUUCUCUUCAUUAUCACUGACGCAAUAAUUACAAACUCGGGGCCUUUACGCCUGUUCUACCGUUCUGGGGGAGAUUCAUUUUCUCAUUAAUUAAAGUCACAGUUUAUCGGCUAGUCGUGGUGACGAGUGACAACCAAUCACUGUACUGUACAUGUGUGUGUUUCACCUUGUUUUGUCUCGUGUGUUGUUUGAGAAUAAAUGCACUCA